UGUCUGUCUCUGGGUAUCUCCGUCUCCAGGUCUCCCAAUCUCUGUUCAGCCUAUCGCUGAACCUUUAUCUCUCCUUGCCCCAUUCUCUGUGUCUCUCUCUAUGUCUCUCUCCCCUCUUUGUCUCCUUGCCCACAUUUUUGUCUUUUUCUGUCGUUUGCUCUCUGGUCUCUUGCUGUGUGUCGCAUUCCACUCAGUCUCUGUAUUUCUGUUUCAUCCAUUUCUCCGGCUCCGUCUGAGAUCUUCCCCUGCCCGCCCCCCUUUCUCUACAUGAUGCUAAUGUGCCAGGUAUCCGGGUCAGACGCAUUUCCAGGCAUCUGGGUCCCCGCAGACCUAAGCCCAGGCUCUGACUCCUCUCUAGUCCCUAGGGAGAGGGUUGUUCCAUCGACUCGGCUUUCUCCGGAUCGGGCAAGUUCUAUAAGGUCGAGUCCCCAUCUGUCAUUUGAAAACCCUGUGGGCUGGGAGAGUGGGAACUCCGAGGGUCCUUUCAAGCCCCGUGCCUGACGAUUUCUGUGACCUCUUCUCCGAGGCAGUCCCCAGGUUUCCCAGAGUCUCUAGGUCUAGACUCCGGGUGACAUUAGCGCUUCCGCCCUGUGGAAGCAGCUCUAAGGCAACCGCGCCCUCAGCAAACACCCCCCUUCCACCGCCGCUGCCCCAGCAACACUUGGGGGCGGGCCUGGGGAUCACGUGUCGGAUCUCGGCCUCGCCCCCUCGCCCCCACCCCUUCCGUCGUCACUCGUGGGAGCGGAGUGGGGGGCGCUGCCUCCCAGUCUGCAAGUAUGAUUCCCAGAGCCGAUGGCGCUGGGGCCGGAGGGGAGGGCGGAGGCUCCUGACUCUACCCCCUGACCCUGCAGGCCCGACUGCCCCUACGUGAUCAGACCCCUGGUCCCCCUCUCCCCCCAUGCCCCACCGUCCUCACGAUGCCGAACGGUCCGCCUUGGCAGCUGCUUCUACCGCUACUCUGGUCGUGGGGGCCGCUGCUCCGGAGGGCGGAGACAGGCUCUGUGGGGCAGACGGCGGGAGAGCUGUACCAGCGCUGGGAACGGUACCGUAGAGAGUGCCAAGAGACACUGGAGGCCGUGGACCCCCCAGCAGGCCUCGCCUGUAACGGGUCCUUCGAUAUGUACGUCUGCUGGGACUACGCUGCACCCAACGUCACCGCCCGUGCGUCCUGCCCCUGGUACCUGCCCUGGCACAGCCACGUGGCUACAGGCUUUGUCCUUCGCCAUUGUGGCAGUGAUGGCCAAUGGGGACCUUGGAGGGACCAUUCUCAGUGUGAGGACCCAGAGAAGAAUGGAGCCUUUCAGGAUCAACGGCUGAUUUUGGAGCGGCUGCAGGUCAUGUACACCGUGGGCUACUCCGUGUCCCUGGCCACACUGCUGCUGGCCCUGCUCAUCUUGAGUUUCUUCAGGCGGCUGCGCUGCACUCGAAACUACAUCCACAUCAACCUGUUCACGUCUUUCAUGCUGCGGGCGGCGGCCAUCCUCACUCGAGACCGUUUGCUACCUCCUCCUGGCCCCUACCCUGGGGACCAAGCCCCUGUCCUGUGGAAACCGGCCCUAGCUGCCUGCCGUACGGCCCAGAUCGUGACCCAGUACUGCGUGGGCGCCAACUACACGUGGCUGCUGGUGGAGGGGGUCUACCUACACAGUCUCCUGGUGCUUGUGGGAGGUUCCGAGGGGGGCCACUUCCGCUGCUACGUGUUCCUCGGCUGGGGGGCCCCCGCGCUUUUCGUCAUUCCCUGGGUGAUCGUCAGGUACCUGUACGAGAACACGCAGUGCUGGGAGCGGAACGAAGUCAAGGCCAUUUGGUGGAUCAUACGCACCCCUAUCCUCGUGACUAUCUCGAUUAAUUUUCUCAUCUUUAUUCGCAUCCUUGGCAUCCUCGUGUCCAAACUGAGGACGCGACAGAUGCGCUGCCCGGACUACCGGCUGAGGCUGGCUCGCUCCACGCUGACGCUGGUGCCCCUGCUGGGCGUCCACGAGGUGGUGUUUGCUCCCGUGACAGAGGAACAGGCCCGGGGUGCCCUGCGCUUCGCCAAGCUCGGCUUUGAGAUCUUCCUCAGCUCGUUCCAGGUGCAGGCGGAGAUCCGCCGCUGCUGGCAUCGCUGUCGCCUGCGCCACAGCCUCGGUGAGGAGCGGCGCCAGCCACCGGAGCGCGCCUCCAGGACCCCGCCGUCGGGCUCAGGCCCUCGCCCGGUCGCCACUGACCGCACCCCGUCCUUGGGGACCCUCCCAGGGCCUGGGAAUGAGGCCAGCCGGGGCUUGGAAAGUCACUGCUAGGCAGCGGUCCAUUCGAGUUAGCACGUAUUUAUUGAGCGCCUGCUGUGUACCAGGUCCAGUGUGGAGGGCAGUGGGGAAAUUGGGGUGGGGGUGGGAGGGGGGAAACAGAAGAAAAGGUCCCUGUUGCAGUUCACCGAUGAGUGGGGGAAACAGCAAAGACAGAACAUCAAGUGACACAUUCGUUGUGGAAUGGCCCAUGAAGAAAAAUGAAAAGGGAGCCUAAGGUGAGCCAGGAGGAUCUCUGUCUCUGAGGUGACACUUAGGCCAUACCUGCAACAGGUGAAGGAGACCACUUUGGGAAGAAAAUUCUAGGCAGAAGCAACAGCAUCUGCAAAGGCCUCGAGGCAGGAAAGAGCUUGGGGGACAGGUGGCCUGCGUGGCUGGAGUGAGAUGAGUCAGCGCCCAACCGAUGGGGAGAGAGAAGUGGGCAGGGGCGCAAGAUCUGGAGUUUUCUUCCAGGGGCAUUGAAGAUUCCUAGCAGGAGUGUCUCAUGGGCUAAUUUCUUUUUUAAUGUUUGUUUUCAAAGAGAGAGAGAGAGGGAGAGAGAGAGAGAGAAUGAGAGAGAGAGAGAGAGAGAGAGAGAGAGAAUCCCAAGCAGGGUCCUCGCUAUCAGCGUUGAGCCCCACGCAGGGGAUCCCAAGAACCAUGAGAUCACGACCUGAGCCGAAAUCAAGAGUCGGAUGCUUAACUGACUGAGCCACCCAGGCACCCCUGAUGGGCUACUGUUUUAAGCAGAUCCUCUGUCCGCCAUGUGAGGAAACCGAUUAUUAGGGGCAGGAGUGGCCACUGCAGAGGGGGGUGAAGUGGUCAGACUCCGGCGCUAUUUUAAAGGUAGAACUGAGGACUUGCUAAUGUGUCACACGCGGGAAGUGCAGCCAGAAGUCCAGGAAGACUCCUAAGUUUUGGAUGGUAGAGAGGAAAGAGAUAGGGAGACGGGGAGUUCAGGGUGGGGAGAAUCAAGAGUGCCUUUUGGUUACGUCAGGCUGGGAAAAAGGACCUGGGGCUCACAGGAGGGGAGAUAGAAAUACAAACGGGGGUAGAACGCUGGGCCAGAAGGGACUUGGCCUGUAGGCUAAAUAUGGGCCGUUAAAGGCAGGCCUCGGAGCCGAACCCAGGACCACUGCCGGCUGGGGGUGCGGACACACAUCCCCACCCUCCUGGGUGGCCCCUGGGAACUGGGAGAAUUAGGGGGAAGCCGACAGCCUGUGUCCGGACCACAUGUACCCACACUAGACUCUCACUCCUAAAUCCGCCCCUGGCUCACAUCUGCGCUUAGAUUCAGUUAGUAGCUGGGUGUUUGCCUUGGGGUCCGCAGCCCCCUGGAUAGAUGUGGCCCGUUGCUGCCGAACGGCGUCCUUCAAGCAUGUGGUCCUGCUGGGACCCCCUCGUGGGUGUUGGGGGGUGCUCUGAAACAGGGACCUUGUAAAUAAAGCAUGGGAAAUGAGGCUGGCUGCGUGGCCGGGUAACUUCUGGAGGGUAGCACUGCUCUUCAGCCACGUGC